AUGGCACCAGAUGACCCGUGUUUUGCAUGGCGCUGUGCCCUGAACCUCUGGCUAUCAGCUGAUCAUUGGGACCUGUAUGGUGGCAGAGGCAAGAGAGUUGUCUGUCGUUCACAUGAAUGGUCUCAUGGCAGAUGUAAGCCUACAGACCCAAUGUUCUUCACCGCAGGUCUAUUUGACUUGGAUUUGCCUUGUCCCUUGCUUUCUGAACAGGGGUGCAAACCUAGGGAAGGCUCCUCUUUGCAACCUCGCUAUUUCCGGGGGCAUUUUGGAAGCGCUGCUCACCUCCCUCCCAGGACUCCCUGCACCUGAUCACCUUUGCGGCUUACCUGCAAAUUUGCAGCCUGCCUGUCCAAAGUGGAACAGACAUUCCGAUAACCGCUGUGUUGUUUUUUUUACCCUCUGUUCAUAUAAUAGCAUUCCUUAGCAUAUUAGCCUAUUUGUACGGAAUUAGUCAGAGAGGUAUUUCUCUCCCCCACCCCCCAAUACUCUUCCUCCACCCACAGCUACGUUACACAAAUAUUUGAAGCCAGGAAUGUUACCUGCAGCAUUUCUGCUCCUUUCACCUGAACAAGUCGCAGCAAAGGAGGCCCAGGAAUAGAAAGGGUGAGGCGCAGGGCGUGGGGAUGAGGAAAGCUGUGGGGAGGGCCCUGCCUGCAGCUGUUUCCAUUUGGAGCUCAAAGAGAUGGAACACGGGGCUGGCAGAACCGAGGAGUGCCUUGUGAUGAGUCAGGCCGCUGGGCCAUCUCGCUCAGUACUGCCGGCACUGACCGGCAGAGGCCUUCCAGGGUUUCGAGCAGGGCGUCUCCCCCCAGCCCUACCUGGAGAAUACCAUUGGGGAUUAUGUUCCCACUGUGCCAGAUGACAGCUGGCUCUCCCAACAUCAUGGCUUAAGGGUUAGGGGCUAUGACCUUGGGCCAGCCACCAUCUUUCAGCCAAGCCAACCUCACAGGGUUGUUUGUCAGAAUGAACUGGGGAGGAAGAGAUCCAUGUACACCACCUUGAGCAGUGUAUAUAAAUGCAAUGCAGUGGUACCUCGGGUUAAGAACUUAAUUCGUUCUGGAGGUCUGUUCUUAACCUGAAACUGUUCUUAACCUAAAGCACCACGUUAGCUAAUGGGGCCUCCCGCUGCCGCCGCGCCGCCAGAGCACGAUUUCUGUUCUCAUCCUGUAACAAAGUUCUUAACCCAAGGUACUAUUUCUGGGUUAGCGGAGUCUGUAACCUGAAGCGUAUGCAACCUGAGGUACCACUGUAAAUAAAGAAACAAACAAACUACAGUGGUACCUCGGGUUACAGACGCUUUAGGUUACAGAAUCCACUAACCCAGAAAUAGUAGCUCAGGUUAAGAACCUUGCUUCAGGAUGAGAACAGAAAUCGCAUGGCAGCAGCAGGAGGCCCCAUUAGCUAAAGUGGUACCUCAGGUUAAGAACUGUUUCAGGUUAAGAACAGACCUCCAGAACCAAUUAAGUUCUUAACCCGAGGUACCACUGUAUUGCUCUUUGCUUCUCGUCAUCUGCCACCUAAGGCUUUUGCCCCAUUCUACCUAACGGUAGGGCCAGUCCUGGGUUGAUGUGGCUCAAGCUGGCCAGAUGCAGAGGAGGACAGGGCUGCUGCGAAUUGGAUUAUAGUGCAUGGGAGAGUCCUUCCAACAGGUGGGUCUUUCCUUCUGGAGAAUCUGUCCCCGAAGCCCUAUGCUGCCUUUUCGGCCUACCUCUCCUUUGAGGGAGAGGCUUUGCAACUGAACCAGCAACUCUUGCCCACAGAUGCCACACAUUUGACACCUCAGGCCGAGCAGACCAGCAACCUGACCUCUGCUGGACUCCAGCACCAUCCCGAAGACGACCAGAAGGUGUACCGCAGUUUCGGGCCCAUCGGUGUCAGGUGACACAAGGAACCAAUAAGGUCCUCUCUGGCCCUAAAGAAAUGCAGGUUCAAGUGGCUUGAGG